CUAAACAUACUGUCUUGCUUCCUGUGGUGCUCCUCGGGCAUUGCUCCUAUGCUAUAACGUGCUUUGCUCUAAAGCUAGACAGCUUAAAUGCUUAUUUCCAAUCCGCGCAAUUGGUUCAAGCGCGAACCUGCGUCACCAGCUUUUGGAAAGGACAAAAUAGUUCCACAGAGCGAAGCAUCAUUUCUGUCUCGAUUAACUUUCGAAUGGCUUGCUCCGUUCCUCUAUGUAGGCGCAAGUAGACCACUUGAAAAGGAUGAUUUAUGGAGUCUUCCACCAAACCGCCGCACCGAUGCCCUUACGAAUUUAGUCGAGAGCCAUUUUUAUGUCCGCGUUCCGCCUGACAAGCAGCCAGCACAUUUCCAGGAUAUAGCAGGACCAAGUGCGAAGGAGAAGAACGUCGGCGACUACGCAAGCACGGGGGAAAGGGACAUUGAGAAAGCGGCGAAUGACGGUGGAAUAACACCGUCCGACUCGCUGUCUGAGGCCAAGGUGAAGAAGCAAGCGAAACCCAAGCUGUCUUUCUUUAGGCAUAAGCCCGCGCAAGAGCAAACGAAGAAUACCAGCGCAGAAGGUCCAACAAAGUAUCCCAAACAUCCUCUCCUUUCUGCGAUCCAUGCUGCGUUCUUCUGGCGCUGGUGGACUGCUGGAUUGUUGAAGCUCUUCUCUGAUACUCUGAAGACCACGACCCCACUCGUCACGAAGCUCCUUCUUGCUUGGCUUACGGAAGCCUUCAUCUUCGCGAAGUCCGGAGGCCUAACGCAACGACCUCGAAAUGUUGGAUAUGGCAUCGGCCUAGGAAUAGCUAUUUUUGUUAUGCAAGAGUCUGCAUCGCUUAUGAAUAACCACUAUACAAUGACGACCAUGACGAAUGGACUACUCAUCCGAUCUGCGCUCAUUGGUGCAAUCUUUCGCAAAUCCCUACGUCUGUCCGGACGCGCUCGAGCAAAGCACAGUGUUGGCCAGAUAACGACGAUGAUAUCCACUGAUGCAACGCGCCUUGAUCUUUCUGCUGCGACUUUUCAUAAUUUGUGGACCAGUCCAAUUCAGAUCAUUAUUGGUGUCGCACUCUUGAUAAACAACCUUGGAUAUUCUGCACUUGUUGGGCUUGGCGUUCUGAUCAUCGGAUUCCCCAUUCAAUUUGCUCUCGUGCGGGUCAUGUUCAGGUCUCGUCGUUCUGGCGUGCAGAUUACUGAUCGUCGAGUGAGGUUGACGUCAGAGGUAUUACAAGGGAUACGUUUAAUUAAGCUCUAUGCCUGGGAGGCAUUCUACGCACACCAAAUUGGCGGACUGAGAGAGAAGGAAAUCGUUAAGAUCAGACGCAUUGCAAUCGCACGGGCGGCUCUGAUUUCUGUCGUUACCGCUAUUCCAAUAUUAGCUGCAGUCCUCUCUUUCAUCACUUAUGCACUUAGCGGACAUGACCUUAAUCCUGCGAUCAUCUUUAGUUCUUUGCAGUUCUUCAACAUUAUUCGGGCACCAAUGUUCUUCUUCCCUAUGGUCCUCGGCAAUGUAUCAGAUGCCCUUGUCGCGCUCGGUCGUAUCGGCACGUUCUUACUCGCAGAAGAGCUCGAAGAACCAUACACUAUUAAUGACGCCCCUUCUAAUAAAUGCGCAAUUCGAGCCGAUGGUUCUUUCGCUUGGGAGACUGCUGGUAAGGUCGAUGCAGAUAAGUUUGGUAGGAAAGGAACGGGUGCUAGAGGUGGUGGGAAAGACAAACCGAAGAAGUCAAGUGAUUCUGGACAAGGGAAGAAUUCGAAUUCGACGACUAAUGGGAGACGUUGGUGGUCGAGAGGUAAAUUAGAGAAUACACCGCAAGUUCUACCUGCACCAGCAACGGCUGGGACAUCCGAUACUCGAGCCCAAUUCGAUGAGGAAAAUGCAGGUGCAAACAAUAAUGUCGUUACGCAAGAGAAAGAGAAAGAGAAGCCGUUCGAGCUGACGGAUCUUAAGCUGCAUAUUCCAAAGGGCCAGUUCGUUGCCAUUGUAGGACGUGUCGGGAGUGGGAAGAGUUCUCUCUUGCAAAGUCUCAUAGGAGAAAUGAGAAAAGUAAAUGGAGAGGUCGUCUUUGGAGGAAGUGUAGCAUACGUUCCUCAGACGGCGUGGAUUAUGAAUGCAACGUUGCGCGAAAAUGUUCUUUUUGGUAGGGAAGAAGAUGAGAUUAAAUUCCAAAAGAUCAUCCAGGCAUGUUCCUUGCAGCACGAUAUCGACAUGCUACCAAACGGUGUUGACACGGAAAUCGGGGAGAAAGGGAUUAAUCUUAGCGGUGGACAGAAGGCGAGAGUAUCCCUCGCUCGAGCAGCAUACUCCGACUCCGAUAUUAUACUGCUUGACGAUCCCCUGAGUGCAGUCGAUGCUCACGUCGGAAAGGCGAUCUUAGAUGACUGUCUUCUCAACGGCCCACUCGCGAAUAAGACGCGCGUUCUUGUGACGCAUGCUUUGCAUGUUCUAGCUAAGACUGACUACAUAUAUACGAUGGAGGGAGGUAAAAUCACAGAAGAGGGCACUUACCAGAGCCUCAUGAAAGAUGGCAAGGAAUUUGCAAGACUUCUUGAGGAAUUCGGUGCUAAUGAAGAGACGGAGUUGGUCGAUACAGACGAGGACGUGGACGUCAAAGGCGAUUCUUCCAUCAAGCCUAUCCAAAGUCCUGAUGAAAAGAAGCCGCAACAGCAGCUCAUGACAGAGGAAGAACGUAAUAUCGGAGCUGUCCCAUUGACCGUGUACAAGAAAUAUCUGAAGUAUGCAGGCGGAAUAAUUUGGGCACCGACCAUUAUUUUGCUGUUAGCGCUCACGCAAGGAGCCUCAGUGGGAAACAAUCUGUUCCUCGGAUUCUGGACUGCCAGUAGUAUCCCUAACUUCUCGGAGGGAGAUUAUAUGGGUGUUUACGCAGCAUUGGGUAUAGCCCAAGCGAUCUUUUCGUUUAUCACAAGCUUCACGUUCAGUUUGGUCGGCUUAUAUGCGAGUCUUCGCUUGUUCAAGGCUGCUUUGAUGGGUGUACUGCGAUCCCCGGUUUCAUUCUUUGAUACCACCCCAAUGGGUCGUAUAAUAUCCCGUCUGUCCAAGGACCAAGAUACUCUUGAUACCCAGUUAUCUAUGACUUUAUUCAUGUUAAUGUUGACAUUCAGCAACGUCUUUGGAACGGUGGCAUUGGUCUUCUAUACUUUCCCUUAUCUCGGAAUUAUAUUUGCCCCGUUGAGCGUACUAUACUACUUGGUUUCGAGCUUUUACAGGAAGAGCAGCGUAGAGACAAAGCGCCUCGAUUCACUGAUGCGUUCUGCUCUGUAUGCAUCAUACUCUGAGACGCUAACUGGACUGUCUACCGUAAGGGCGUACCGUGAACAGGAAAGAUUUGUCGAGUCAGCGGAGCACGGUCUUGAUCUUGAGAACCGGGCGUAUUAUAUGACUGUCUCCAUUCAACGUUGGCUGUCCGUCCGGUUGGAUUUAUUCGGGAACAUCCUUAUUCUCGGAAUAGCACUGUUCGCAGCGGGCUUCAGGAAUACUGUCAAUCCAUCGAAAAUCGGGGUCGUUCUUUCUUACUCCCUUAGCAGUACCCAGGUCUUCUCGGAUGGGGUUUCUCAGUUCGCACAAAAUGAACAAAACAUGAACGCCGUUGAACGCGUGCUCGUAUAUACUGAUCUCCCGCGCGAAGGUACUGCGACGAAGCCUGGCCAUGUUGCCCCUUCCUGGCCAGAGAAAGGUGAGGUGAAGUUCAAGAACGUGGGCCUUGCAUAUCGUGAGGGCCUGCCUCUGGUCUUGAAAGAUGUUAGCUUUGAAGUGAAGCCUGGAGAAAAGGUUGGUAUAGUCGGAAGAACUGGCGCAGGCAAAUCCUCGUUACUGCAGGCGCUCUUCAGGAUGGUCGAGCUUAGCGAUGGAGCCAUCGAAAUCGACAAUGUAAUCAUUCAAUCCGUCGACCUGGAUACUUUGCGCCAGAGCCUUGCACUAGUCCCGCAGGAUAGUACACUCUUCCUAGGAACGUUAAGGGAUAACCUUGAUCCUCAGAAUACUCGUACCGAUGCAGAAAUCAUUUCAGCGCUGAGACGAGCUUGGUUGAUACCGCCUGAAGGAACCCCGAUGGACGCAGCCGCUGAAAGAAAGUUCAGCUUGGACGCAGCGGUGAGCGAUGAAGGUUCAAAUUACAGUGCUGGAGAGAAGCAGCUACUUGCACUCAGCCGGGCACUUCUGAAGAACAGCCGUAUCAUUGUCCUUGAUGAAGCUACAAGCAGCGUUGAUGUCGAAACAGAUGCGAAGCUACAAAGGACGAUUCAGACGGAGUUUUCCACUUGCACGUUGCUCUGUAUCGCGCAUCGUCUCAAGACAAUUGUGUACUAUGACCGUGUACUUGUGAUGGAAGGAGGAAUGGUUGCUGAGUUUGAUACACCGCUUGCUCUUUUCGACAGGGAAAACUCGAUAUUCCGGUCACUCUGUGAUGAAGCGGGUUUGACUAGACAAGAUAUAAUAAAGAUACGUGAAGGUGCAGAUAUAGAUAGAUCGUAAUACAUAGAUACAUUCUGUUAGAUUUUCUCCUUGUUUACUUUAAUGGUUUGAGGGCCGGAAUCCCC